CUAUGCCUUGCAUUACUUUCUGGCUCGUGGUUUGGGCAAACGACCAGCUCGAGCGCUAUCCUCCCGAUCCGGAAACGGCCUCUACGGUGAGAGAUGUAUAUAAUGCAGCCAGUUUUUGCUUCUUGCCCCCCCAUCUUCGCCUUCACUGGUCAUCUUGCCACUCGCACUCGCUGCCACAGUCGCUCUCGACCAGCUCACGCACUCACACUUGCCUCGCGCAACGCUCACAUCGCCUCGUCUGGUUGUCUGACAUUUGCAGCUGGCCUGCUCGUCUCGACCCUCGUCGCACACACGCUGCCCUCGCGCACCCCCACUACCGUCACACCCUCUCUCACAACCUCCGGCACCAUGUCCGCCUCGGCUAUCGCCACCAUCAUCUCGCAGAACCCCGAGUUCGUCACGCGCUGCAUCGCUGCCCUUAACACGGCCGAGCACUACCUCUCCCCCCUCUACCGCCCCGACCCCCUUAACGACCGCCACCGCCACUCUCACGACAUCCAGGCGAUGCACGAGCACGCGGCGGUGCUCAACUCGUUCGUGCAGAUGGCCUCGGCCCGCAUUCACAAGUUUGCGCUCCAGCAGCAGCUUGACAACAUCAUCAACGGCACUGUCCGUGCUCGCAGCGUCACCUUCGCCGCCAAGCUUCCGCGCAACAAGGGCAUCGCCUCCGAGGAGAUGCUCCAGGACCGCCGCGCCCAGUUCGACGCCAUCGCUGAGAGGCACGAGAACGACGUCGCCAACGGCCUCGGCCACCGCCUCGUCGACAUCCACCUCGAGCGUAACGUCCGCGCUGUCGUCGCCCUCCUCGUCGAGCUGGCUGAGCUCAUCGACGCGACCAAGCCCAGCAUCGCCCAGCCUGCGCCCCUCGACGAGUGGGUCAACGCUCCGAAGGUGACCGCUCCACUCGUCCCGAAGCGCUACAACCGCCUCACGGACGAGCAGGUCGCCAACUUUGGUGAGCCCAAGGUCCCCCGCUGCGAGCCCCGUGCCCUCCACCGCCAGCCGGCCCACCGCGACCUCCGCACCGCCGCCGCUACCCAGUGA